AUGUCGGGGUUGUUCGCAUACUCCAUUGGGGGGCUGGGUCUGCUCCUCGUGGGCGCCGUCGAGUCCCUGUCCUCCUCCUUCCCGGCGGCGGAGGGCCCCCUAACUCCGUCCUUCCGAUUCCUCUGCAUCGGCGCCUUGGCCUCCCUCGCGCUCCUCAAUUCCCUCAUCUCCGCCGUCGACUCACUCCGCCAGGCGCCGCCCCCGCCCCGCGGAAGGGACGACGAGCUCGGCGUGGCCCUUCAGCUCGGCUCCGCGGCGGUCACCACCCUCUUCCUCUUAUACGCCCUCGCCGGCGCCGCGUCCUCCCGCAAGGGGCUCCUCCGCUUCCCGCGCCUCCCAUCCGAGCUGCUGGAUCUCGUCGGCUUCUUCGCCUUCGCGGCGGAGUUCCUGCUCUUCCACCUGCAGCUCAAGGACGCCAACGGCGUUGAGAACCGCUACUACGACCUCCUCCUCGUCCCCGUGGCCGUCUGCGCGGCGGCCACCCUCCUCUGCGCCUCCCUCCCGCGGUCCCCCUUCCCUCGGCUGGCGCGGGGGCUCGGCCUCGUCCUCCACGGCACUUGGUUCCUGCAGAUGGGCUUCUCCUUCUUUUCCAGCGCCGUGGCCCACGGCUGCUCCCUCCGCAGCCGCAGCCGCGGUGACUACACGGUGCAGUGCCGGGGCCACGCCGAGUACCACCGCGCCCGGGCCGUCGCCACCCUCCAGUUCAACGGCCACCUCGCCCUGCUCGUGCUGGUCUCCCUCGGCGUCUACGCCGCCGUCGUCGCAACCGGCGGCGCCGGCCCGGAUGACCGCCCGGCGGGAGACCGGUACCGCAAGUACAAGCCCCUCAGCGAGAUGCAGAGGUUGGACGACCGCCACCACCACCACCCCGCCGCGUCAUCGCGAUUCACGCUGGACUCCGACGAAGAGGAAGAGGGGGGCGCUGCCGCCGAGAUCUCGCCGGUGACGCAGGCGCCGCCGCCGCCAUGA